AUGGAAUCUGUAGCCUUUCAGAUUUGGGCAAUCUUCUCUUUUCUGGCCCACCUGGCAAAUGGUAGCCCCAUCAUGGGUCUAGAUGUGACUCGUCUGGAGAAAGAUGUUCCGUUCAUUGAUGAACAAGAUUUGCAAACUGUGUUGCUGAAGGCACUUAAUCUGUCUGCCAUCCCUCAGCAAGAGCGAGUCAAGGUGGACCCUCCAGAAUACAUGUUAGAACUCUAUAACAGGUUUGCCACUGAUAAGAUCUCUAUGGCCUCGGGCAAUAUCGUUAGAAGCUUCAAAAAUGAAGAACAUUUUUUGCAGCCCAUCCAUUUCAAUAGAAUACGGAGGUACCCUCUCCUUUUCAAUGUGUCCAUCCCUCACCAUGAGAAGAUAACCAUGGCUGAACUGAGACUCUUCACCUUGGUGGAGGAGGACAGAAUGCUCUUUGAUGGUCUUGACAGGAAAGUCACCAUUUUUGAAGUCUUGGAGAAUGAACACGGAGGAGGGAAAGAGGAGAGGAAAAUGAAAAUGCUGGUGUCCAGGCAUAUCAACAGCACGGACAAUGAAUGGAAAACCUUUAACGUCACGGAGGCCAUCAGGAAGCGCCAUCACUUGGACUCAACUACUCAUCGGCUAGUGGUGCAGAUUGAGAACAAAGGGGGAGAGGAACCCAGUGGAGGAGGAAAAGUAGAUAUAGAUAUCAAUCCAGAGACCAAACACAAACCUUUAUUGAUUGUGUUUUCAGAUGAUCAUAGUCAUCACAAGCAAGAGGAGAAGAAUGAAUUGAAUGAGAUGAUAGAGUAUGAACAGAUGCAAGAUGUGGAGAACAUGAACAUGAAUGACUUUCACACCAGCCCCAGUGAAGAGAAGCUGCUUCAAAUUAGGUCCAACAUCAUCUACGACUCAACGUCCCGGAUAAGGAGGAAUGCCAAGGGCAGCAGCUGCAAAAAGACCUCGCUCCACGUGGAUUUCAAGGAGAUUGGCUGGGAUUCCUGGAUCAUUGCACCAGCAAGUUAUGAUGCCUAUCAAUGCAAGGGAACGUGCACCUUCCCGUUGGAUGAUCACCUCACGACCACCAACGCCAUGGCCCGGACUUUGCUUCACUUGAAUGAUCCCCAGAAAGCUUCUCCGGCUUGUUGUGUACCUACCAAGCUGGCCCCCAUCUCGUUGCUCUACUUAGAAAAAGGGGUGGUCACCUUCAAGCUAAACUAUGAAGAAAUGUUAGUGUCGGAAUGUGGGUGCAGAUAG